AUGUUUUGGGUGAUAUUUGGCCUGAUUACCAUUGCCAUCCUCAUCUGCGCCAAGGGGAAGGACUGCUGUGGCAACAACAACAACCCUGGUCGCGUCAUCCAGAGCAACAACGCAGCAACGCAGGUGGUGACUCAGCCUAUCCCGGGGACCGUCCAGUACCCCGGGACAACGGGUUAUGUGGCGGUUACAUCGCAGACCUAUUCUCCCGGGGUGGCCGGUCAGGCAGCGGCGCCCUCGACUUUCCCUGCUCCUGCCGGUGGUUUCUCCGCCAACUAUACUUACACGUCGGGAGAUGGAAAAGGUCCUUUACCCGCGUACCCUGUCUCCACAGCCGGGACAUACCCCCCUGGUACAUACCCCUCUGGUCAAAAUCAAGGUGAUGCCUACCAACCCGGUCAACACCCCCCUGGUUUAUACUCACCUGGUGUCUACCAACCUGGCGCCCCACCAGCUGGUCCAUACCAACCUGGCGCUCCACCAGCUGGUCCAUACCAACCUGGCGCACCUCCAGCUGCUCCAUACCACCCUGGCGCACCACCAGCUGGUCCAUACCCCCCCUCGAAUACCUCAGCUCCCCCGGCAGUUCCCAACCUUACCGCCCCAGAAUAUCAGCCUCCGCCUCCGUUUGCUCCGACAGAGAAGCCUCCUCCUUACUCAUACUAA